CGAGUCUCGAGUCAAAGCGCGCGCAGGUCAGCCCUCCACAAAUUUCCCCUCAAUUUGUCUGGGUCCUCGCGCAAAGCUUGUAGGGUGAGGGAAGGAUGGACGGAUGGUGUACGUGUCGAGAUUGAUCCACCUGCUCUGAUAACCGCUCAGACUCUGCCCCGGUCCCCAGCAACCCCCGCCGACCGCAUUGUGCUCAAGCCUCUCGCAGAUAGAUAGCCUCGCAUCUUGACAGCAACAUGGCUCGUAAGAAGGUACAGCCAGAGCACAGCCCCACGCCCGAAGAAGAUUCGGCGGAGAGCGAACUGCAGCAGGUGGAUGGUGAUAGUGAUGGCGAGGACUACGAGAAGCAGCGGCUUGCCAACAUCGCAAAAAAUGAAGCCCUGUUACGCGAGCUGGGAGUCACAGGCGGCUUGUCCGGCAGAGCAUCUCGCAAGACGCAGCAUUUGGGAGGCACAAACAAGCCGCAGCCAAAGCCAAAGCCAAGGCAGCGACGUAAGACAACUCCGCCUCCAGCCGUUGACCGGCCACGCAGGAUCAGCAGCAGAUUAAAAGGCAUCGAGGCGGACAGCGAUGCUUUGAAGCGCAAAUACGAGGAGGAGGCAGAGGCGCUCCGAGUAGAGCAAGAAGCCGCAAAACGCGCGCGGCAUGAGGAUCAUAAAUUACAAGAGCUUCUCACCGGGCGCAACGAGGCGGAGAUAAAGGGCAAGGCUCAGUCGCUAGCUGCUGCUCUCGCUGCCGAACAAUCGGGGAGGAAGAAUGCGCGCGCGCUAGCCAACAAGGAUGCAAAGCCCGAAACAGCAUCCAAAGCUGAACUUCGCAAGGUGAUAGACAAGAUGGAGUUGCGCUCCGCCGACAAGGUGGUCGAUAAACGAAUUUACACAAUGGUAGUGCACCCUCGUGCCGACUCGGAGCGAGGCGACCUCGUCUUCGUCGGAGACAAAGAAGGUUGUAUUGGAGUGUGGGAGCCUCUCGCGCCAUCAAGCGAGCCAGCAGGCGAGGAUGAUGACGGCGCCGCAGAAGAUGGCUCUGAGCUGCCUUCCGGCUCGUCUUGGAGAUUGCAGGCGCACGGCAAGAGCCCAGUGACAUGCCUCAAGCUCGAUCCUACGUCUGACAGGACGCUCUACAGCUCGUCGUAUGAUUCGUCCAUCAGAGCACUCGACCUGGACAAGGGAGUAAGCGCGGAAGUAUGGGCGGGUCAAGAUGACGUGCUGCUCUCCGUAUUCGAUGUGCUUCCAGGCCUGGUUGCUGCAGAACGAAAUCUUUGGGUAGCAGAUCAUCGAGGUGGCCUCAUCAGCAUUGACAAGCGAGCACGUCGCACUCGAUCGCAAAGAUGGCAAGUCUGCGAAAAGAAGAUCGGGGGCAUGUCUGUGAAUCCACUUCGACCGCGCUGCAUCGCUGUAGCAUCUCUAGAUCAACAUAUUCGGCUGUUUGACGUACGCGCGAUGCGAUCGAUGCCUACAGAAGAGAUUGCACCCUACAGUGUACGGCAUGUCGACUUUGACGCUCUUGAGAAAACCACCAAGGCGGCUCAGAUUGGAGAGCACCAAGCCAGGCUGGCGUGCACAAGCGUCGACUUUUCUCCUCGUGGAGACAAUCUUGUCGGUGUCAGCUACGAUGAUGUUGUUAAAGUCUGGGACUUGCACCCCAGCUGGUUGGCGAAAGGCGACGAAGCGACCAAGAGGAAUCAGAAGGUCAAAAUUGAGCCUCGAGUAGCCAGAGCGCCAGCUCCGAAGCCCAAUGGCAAGCAGGCGGUUGCUGAAGACUUGGGAAAUUUGCGUCAAACCAGGCGCUCGGCGUCUGGGCGUCCAGCGCCUGUCAAGCGUGAGAGCUCCGGCUUGAUGCGCUGGUUUACGAGCAAAGAGGGGCCCAAAAGCGAAUCCGAGGAAGGCGACCAGACCGACGAGUCCGAAGAGGAAGUAAUUACUCCAGGUCAAGCCGCAAAGAAGACAAGGCCUCCCGCCCUGGAAGAUGACGACGACGAAUGGGCAGCCCGCGCCGAUGCGCCUUCGAAGCCGAGCGACGUGCUUCAAUCACCGCAUAUCAUUCCUCACAACAACCAGACCGGCAAGUGGCUGACGCUGUUUAGAGCGCGCUGGAACACCAAUGCAGAGGCUGAGCCUCAUUUCAGCAUGGGAUCAAUGAAGAGGGAGGCCGAGAUAUGGGCAUCGGACGGGACGCUUCUUAGAAGUCUGUACGAUGGAGACCAUGUCACUGCUGUGCCAGCCGUGACCGCUAUGCAUCCCACCAGGCUAGGUCGUCUCGCCACAGGAAACGGGAGCGGCAGAUGCCAUUUCUGGGCGCCAUUGGAUGAGUGAGCGCGGCAUCGGUCAGCGCCACGGACCGGUCUCGCAGGCAGCAGCACAGGAGGAAAGCUAGACGCCCACCAGAGCAUUGCCAUCCUGGUCGUCCCGACAGUUCAUUUUCCAUUUUCUGCAUACCGAUGCUUUCAUGCCACCUGACUUUCAGAUUUUUUUUAACAAUACGUCCAUAUAUGAUGUUGUCUCCGAACAUUGACCGCACGCGUCUCCGAGUAAAAUCU